AUGUCAUCGCCAGCUUCUCGUCGCGGGCGUCCCCCGAGAAGUACAGCGUCCUCAACUCCUCGCUCGACAAGAUCUCAACAGGUUUCGAGUACCCCUCAGUCCAAUGUAAAUGGAUCACAAACAACUCCACGCGCAUCCAGACGAAUUCAGAAUGAUAAUACCGUGCCCUCAUCGUCCCCCUUGAUGUAUCAAUCCUCAUCACCCGUGCGUGGCGAGCAGACCAGGAUGGAUAUCAGCUCGCCUAUCCGCGAAUCUUCAGUUGCAGAUGGCGAGACGACCCCCAGAGCCACUAGAACUGGCAUGCGAGACUCCUCACCCAUCCGUUACAUGUCGAGCUCAAGCCCACCUCGAAACGCCCGUCAGGAUCUUCGUUCUGAUAUACCCAGUAGCAGCAGCGGUCUGUUUGUUGGAUCAUCUCGUCCAGAGCUAUCUGGCUAUUCUCGUAAUGUCUCACGACGAGGAGACAUUCAUUCGGAUAAUUUUGGGUCAACACCGGCUGGUCGUCGGAGAGUGUUUGUGGACGCAAAUGGCAUGCCAGUCAAUGAAGGUCAUGCUCCUCACUCAGAUGCGACUUUUACCAACCUCAACCCCGGCACCUCAGAGGCAGAUGCGCUCGGUGGGACCUCCACACGUGUGAUCUGGGGUACCAACAUCUCCAUCCAAGAUUCCAUGUCCGCGUUCAAAAACUUUCUUUACAACUACGCAAGGAAGUACCGCAUGUGGGCUGACGGCGCUACCGAGGAUGAAACGAGUGCAAUGGGCGAUGUCGCUGAGGAAAAGGAAUAUAUCACCAUGCUCAAUAAUAUGCGAAAGCUUGGUGUCACAGGGUUAAACCUUGAUGCGAAGAACCUCAAAGCAUAUCCAUCUACCCUGAAACUGUGGCAUCAGUUACAUGCAUAUCCACAAGAAAUCAUCCCACUUAUGGAUCAGACAAUCAAAGAUGUCUUGGUUGAAUUGGCAAUCCACGAAAUGGAUACUCUCAGAAGCCAGGCGCAACGAAACCAACCUCGAACACGAGACAGUUCAGCGGCGCCUGUGCCCAGCUCGGAUGCCAUGAGUGAGACAGGCCGUACUGCUCCUGAAAACACUCCCAAUAUUGUUCAACAAGUGGAAAGCAACACAUACAAGGUCUUGCCCUUUGGUUUGGAUAAAUCCGUUAAUAUGCGAGAACUAGACCCUGCAGACAUGGACAAACUCAUCAGCAUCAAAGGUCUAGUCAUUCGCACAACUCCAGUCAUUCCCGAUAUGAAAGAAGCUUUCUUCACUUGUCAAAUCUGUAACCACAGUGUCAGGGUUGACAUUGACCGAGGAAAGAUCAUGGAACCAACUUUCUGUCCACGUGCUCAAUGCAAGAGCCCUAACUCCAUGCAAUUGAUUCACAACCGCUGUGUCUUUGCCGACAAGCAAGUCAUCAAGCUCCAAGAGACCCCGGAUAGUGUUCCAGAUGGUCAAACUCCUCACUCUGUCUCUCUAUGCGCUUAUGAUGAACUGGUCGAUGUUUGCAAGGCGGGUGACCGGAUAGAGGUAACUGGUAUUUUCCGCAGUAAUCCUGUGCGUGUAAAUCCCCGUCAGCGAACUACAAAAGCACUGUUCAAGACAUACGUGGAUGUUUUGCAUAUACAGAAAGUGGACAAGAAGAAACUUGGCAUCGAUUUGUCAACUGUGGAGCAGGAGCUUUCGGAACAAGUAGUGGGCAAUACUGAGCAGGCUCGAAAGGUCACGGCAGAGGAGCUUGAGAAGAUCAAAGAAACAUCAAGGCGGCCCGAUGUCUACGAGCUUCUCGCAAGGUCAUUAGCACCGAGUCUCUACGAGAUGGACGAUGUCAAGAAGGGUAUCUUGCUUCAGCUCUUUGGCGGUACAAACAAGACCUUCCAGAAAGGAGGCAACCCACGUUACCGUGGUGAUAUCAAUGUUCUACUCUGUGGUGAUCCCUCCACUGCCAAGUCGCAGCUUCUUCGAUAUGUCCACAAGAUUGCACCUCGUGGAGUUUACACGAGUGGAAAGGGUUCUUCGGCCGUCGGUCUAACGGCGUACGUCACUCGUGACCCCGAAACCCGCCAGCUUGUUCUCGAAUCCGGUGCACUUGUCUUGUCAGACGGAGGUGUCUGCUGCAUUGAUGAGUUCGACAAAAUGAACGAAUCCACUCGCUCUGUCUUGCACGAAGUGAUGGAACAGCAGACUGUAUCAAUUGCCAAGGCCGGUAUUAUUACUACACUUAAUGCCCGUACCAGUAUUCUUGCCUCGGCCAACCCAAUUGGCAGCAAGUACAAUCCCAACUUGCCGGUUCCGCAGAACAUCGAUCUACCCCCAACCCUGCUAUCCAGAUUCGACUUGGUAUAUCUGGUCCUCGAUCGAGUUGACGAGCAAGAGGAUCGUCGCUUGGCCAAACAUUUGGUUGGCAUGUACUUGGAAGAUGCUCCAGAGAACGCGAGUCGGGAAGAGAUAUUGCCUAUUGAAUUCUUGACAUCCUAUAUCACCUAUGCCAAGACACAAAUUCACCCUGUCCUCACCCAACCCGCGGCUGAUGCUCUGACAGAGGCGUACGUUGCUAUGCGCAAGUUGGGAGACGAUAUUCGAGCCGCAGAGCGCCGUAUCACAGCUACUACGCGUCAAUUGGAGUCUAUGAUCCGUCUUUCAGAAGCCCACGCACGUAUGCGUCUUUCUACUGAGGUGACGGCAGACGACGUCGAGGAAGCCGUGCGACUGAUCCGAUCCGCACUCAAGCAAGCAGCAACGGAUGCACGCACCGGCCUGAUUGACAUGAGCUUGCUUACCGAGGGCACCAGUGCCAGCGACCGUCGUCGUCGUGAUGACCUGAAGAAAGCAGUCCUCGGUAUCGUGGAUGAGAUGGGUGCUGGUGGCACUGCGCCUCGAUGGUCAGAGGUACAGCGCAGACUCGUCGAGAACAGCAGCAUCGAAGUUGAUGGCACUGAGUUUCAAAAUGCGGUCCGGGCUCUUGAGACUGAAGGGCUAGUCAAUGUCACAGGAGAUCAUGCACAACGACGCAUACGACGAGUAGGUGGUGCCAUCUAG